GCAGCAGGGUGGCUCCUCAGAGCAAGGGUGGUAGUUGGGCCAGGUUCCUUCGGCCCAGGUGCCACCACCCAGACCCCUGGGCCCCUCCUCAUGGCAGGGGAGUCCUUCCCCUUCACCUCGUCCACACUGCACUCUCUCCGCCUGCAGCGGGAGUGGCUGGAAUGGGAGGACCGGCGGCGGGCUGCUGCCAGGCACUGCCGGAGCCACAGGUACUCCUCAGGUCCCCAGGCCCUACUCACUAGGCCUCGCCGCUCCUGCCGGGACCCAGCUGUCCACAAUGCCCUGUUCUCCGGCGACCUGCAGCAGGUUCAAGCCCUGUUUCAAGAUGAAGAGGCCGCCAACAUGAUUGUGGAGACUGUGAGCAACCAGCUGGCCUGGUCGGCUGAACAGGGGUUCUGGGUGCUGACCCCCAAGACCAAGCAGACAGCACCGCUCACCAUCACUGCAGCCCGAGGUUACACAGACUGCACCCGCCACCUGAUCCAGCAGGGGGCUGAAUUGGACUCCAGAGUGGGGGGCAGGGCUGCCUUGCAUGAGGCCUGUGCCCAAGCCCAGCCUGACUGUGUGCGGUUGCUGCUAACCUUCGGUGCCAAGGCUAAUGUGCUGUCCGAGGAGGGCACAACCCCCUUGCACCUCUGUGUGGCCCCUGAGUCCUUGCAGUGCGCCAAGUUGGUGCUGGAGGCGGGAGCGACGGUGAAUCUGGCGGCGCGGGAGAGCGAGGUGACACCCCUGCAUGUGGCGGCCGCACGGGGCCUGGAGGAGCACGUGGCUCUCUACCUGGAGCACGGUGCUGACGUGGGUCUGCGCACCAGCCAGGGCGAGACUGCGCUGAACGCGGCGUGUGCGGGGGCCGAGGGCCCAGGCAGCAGCCGGCGACGCGAGGCCGUGGCGCGCCGUCUUCUGGAGGCCGGCGCCGACGCCCAGGCAGCCGGGCGCAAGGGCCACACGCCUCUGCACAACGCCUGUGCCAACGGCUGCAGUGGCCUGGCCGAGCUGUUGCUGCGCCACGGGGCCCGCGCUGGAGUCCCCAACGGGGCGGGCCUCACGCCCAUGGACUACGCGCUGCAGGCCGUCCAGGACGUCCCCAACUGCGAGCCCGAGGUCCUCUUCGCAGCGCUGCUGGACCACGGCGCCCAGCCUGUGCGCCCAGAGAUGCUGAAACAUUGUGCCAACUUCCCUCUGGCCCUGGAAGUCCUACUUAAUGCUUAUCCCUGUGUUCUGUCCUGUAAUUUUUGGGUGGAGACAGUGCUGCCAGAGCUGUGGCAGGAGCAUGAAGCCUUCUACAGCUCGGCCCUGUGCAUGGUGAACCAGCCAAGGCGUCUGCAGCACCUGGCCCGACUGGCUGUGCGUGCUCAGUUGGGUGGCCACUGCCGGCAGGCUGCCACCCGGCUCCCACUGCCCCCGCUCCUCAGGGGCUACCUGCUGCUGCAUACAGAGGGGCAUAUCCAGUGAGCCCCAUGCCAGGCUACUCCCACAGCUUGUCUUGCCCCCUCUAUUUGUCCCCAUUCUCAACCCUACAGGAACAAUCCCUGGCCCUCUUCUCUGCACUCUGCAUGCCCUCCAGGUCUAGCUCAUCCCUAUGUUGGCUUUUGAGCCACCUGCUGACCUCCAGCUGGACCUGAGCUUCAGACUGUCUGCUGAGAAGGUCUUCAGACUCAACCUGUUCACAGAGUCAGGCUUUGCCCACAUCCUCUUCUUGUGCUUACGUGGAUGGCCCCUCUCUCCACCCAGGCCCCAAGCCAAGUGCCUGUAAUCCUUGUUGCUUCCCUUCCCUGCGCACCCAUAUACCUCUUCAGACUUCUUUUUUUUUUUUCUGGUCUUUUUCAUGACCGGCACUCAGCCAGUGAGUGCACCGGCCAUUCCUAUAUAGGAUCCGAACCUGCGGCAGGAGCGUCGCUGCGCUCCCAGUGCCGCACUCUCCCGAGUGCGCCACGGGCUCGGCCCUUCAGACUUCUAAAGAGUGACAGACUCUGCCUUUAUCUGCACUGCCUUGCCUGACCUUCCUUUGCCACUUCAAGGGAGGUCUUGAAACGCAUGCCCUGAGUGGAUGAUCUUUGGGAGCCAUCACUCUGAUCAUUCCCUUCAGUGGCUCCUCUCUACUAAACUCAAAACUCAACAAAACAAAGCCUCUAGAUUCUGACUUCUGCCAGGUUCCCUGGCCUCCUGACCCCUCUCUCCCUUUGGAAAUGCCUGUAAUCCAGCCUUAGUAAGCUAGUUACCAGUUGCUGGGUAAGAUCUGUUCUUCUCUGCUUCCAGGUGUCUGCAUGCGUUGUUCCCACUGCUUGGUUUACCUUUCCACAUUUUUUGGCCUGGUCAAGGCUGAUUUGACCUUCUAGGCUCAGUUCAAAUUGCACUAUCUCUGCAGAGCCUUCCUUUGACCAUCCCAGCAGGUAGCACCUUCCUUGGUUUUGUACAUAUUUAAGCGCCUGUGUCUGCCUCAACUAGGCUGAGACUGGGACUGUGUUCCUUGAAUGGGCAUUUCGGUAAAUGAUAGUUGAGGGAGGAAUAAAUGCAUGAGACCUGGGACACAUUUAUUGGGUGUUACCGCCACCCCUAAGUGAUACAUGGUGUCUUAAACAGUGGUUACCACACUCAUGGCCUCUGAGGGCCUGUCCUCUUGCUCACUUCUUCCUGUGGUCCCAGAGUCAGAAGUACCACAAUUCAUCUAUAGAAGGAAGCUUUUCAAGGCAAGCCAGUUUUUAUGAACACAAAUAAAUGAUUGUGCACAGAAUGAAA